AACUCCCUUCUUAAUUUUUAAAGAACACUCCCAAGUCCCUCUGUUGUGUUUUUUUAGCAAUGGAUAAUCUCUCUCUUCCCAUUGGCUCCUUUUUCCUGGGAUUCGACAGCUCUACUCAGUCAUUGAAGGCAACAAUUUUGGAUUCCAAUCUGAACGUGAUCAAAUCAGAGCUAAUUCACUUCGACUCAGAUUUGCCUCAUUAUAACACUAAAGAUGGAGUCUUUAGAGACGCAUCAGAUAAUGGCAAAAUUGUUUCACCCACCUUGAUGUGGGUGGAAGCUCUUGACAUUGUUCUUCAAAGGCUUUCAAAUUCAGGAUUUGAUUUUGGGAAAGUUGUUGCUCUUUCAGGCAGCGGACAGCAACAUGGUAGUGUUUAUUGGAAGAAUGGUAGUUCUUCAAUUUUAUCAUCUUUGGACUCCAGUAAGCCACUGGUGAAUCAGCUUGACAAUGCCUUCUCGAUCAAGGAAUCGCCGAUUUGGAUGGAUAGCAGCACCACCCUGCAAUGUAGAGAAAUUGAAGAGGCUGUUGGUGGAGCUUUGGAAUUGUCCAAACUCACCGGGUCUCGCGCGUAUGAGAGGUUCACAGGACCGCAAAUUAGGAAGAUUUUUCAAAUACAGCCUGAAGCUUAUAAUGAUACUGAGAGAAUUUCUCUUGUUAGUUCAUUCAUGGCGUCUAUUUUUAUUGGUGCAUAUGCUUGUAUUGAUUAUACUGAUGGUUCUGGGAUGAAUUUGAUGGAUAUUAAGCACAAAGCCUGGUCUACAACAGCUUUAGAGGCCACUGCACCAGGCUUGGAGGAGAAACUUGGAAAGCUGGCUCCUGCCUAUGAAGUUGCAGGUCAUAUUGCUCCAUAUUUUGUAGAGAGGUACAAAUUUAACCAGAACUGUUUGGUCAUUCAGUGGUCUGGAGACAAUCCCAAUAGUUUAGCAGGCUUAACCCUCAGCAUUCCAGGAGACCUAGCUAUUAGCCUGGGCACAAGUGACACUGUUUUCGGUAUUGCUAGUGAUCCUCAACCUGGAUUGGAAGGGCAUGUCUUCCCUAAUCCUGUGGAUACCAAGGGUUACAUGGUAAUGUUGUGCUACAAAAAUGGGUCACUAACUCGUGAAGAUGUCCGUAACCGCUGUGCUCAGAAAUCUUGGGAAGUCUUCAACAAGUUGCUCGACCAAACGCCACCUCUUAAUGAUGGGAAGAUCGGCUUUUACUACAAAGACCAUGAAAUUCUUCCUCCCCUUCCAGUUGGCUUCCAUCGCUAUGUACUCGAAAAUUUCAAAGGUGAGACUCUGGAUGGAGUGAAGGAACAGGAAGUGCAGGAAUUUGAUUCUGCUUCUGAGGUUCGGGCAUUGAUUGAAGGGCAGUUCCUGUCCAUGCGAGCUCACGCUGAAAGAUUUGGCAUGCCUACCUGUCCAAAACGAAUAAUAGCCACUGGUGGAGCAUCUACAAAUCACAGCAUUCUGAAUUCAGUUGCAUCAAUAUUUGGCUGUGAUGUCUACACCGUUCAAAGACCUGAUUCUGCCUCCCUGGGAGCUGCAUUAAGAGCCGCUCAUGGUUGGAUGUGCAAUAAGAAGGGAAGUUUUGUGGCAAUAGCAUCCUUGUAUAAGGACAAAUUAGAGAAUUCAGCUCUCAGCUGCAAGCUUUCUAUUAACGGUGGGAGUUCAAAAUUAGUUUCCAAAUAUGCAUUGUUGAUGAAGAAGAGAAUGGAAAUAGAAAAUCGACUUGUUGAAAAGCUUGGACGGUGUUGAAGGAAGAACCACCGUGGUAAAGAUAUCAACUGGAUGUCAAAUAGUAUAGUUCCUUCUGACUCAAGACAUGAAUUAUCUUUUACAUGUCAAUAAUUAGGGUUUGAUCUUAUUCUCAAAAAAAUUCUCAGCAGAUUCUCAGCUGCCCUAUCAAUUUAUUCAUUUUAUUUAAGUAACCAUUUAGAUUGGGCA